AUGAAUAGGGAUUGGAUACACAAUAAAAACAGGUUGAGUAAUCAAUAUCGUGCUGGAAUUCAGUCAUUUAUGGAAGUUGCAAGCCAACAUGUGGAUGAGAAGAAUGAGACUCCAUGUCCAUGUAUGAAGUGCCAGAAUAUGAAUUGCCAUUCUCUUCCGGUUGUCCAAGCACAUUUAUGGCAGUAUGGGAUGUCAGUGGUGUAUCACACAUGGAUAUACCAUGGGGAACAAUUUGAGAUAACAAGACAAGCUUCACCUCCUGCAACUACUCAAGAGGCACCUCGUCUUGAUGAUUAUACGCAUAAUAUUUUGAAUGAUGCAUUCCCACCAGACUUGGGAGUUGUAGAUGAUACAUUGGGGGACAAUGAAGAUGUGGGGGAUGAUACCGAUAUACAUAGGGUUGAGAUGGAUAAGUAUGAGAAGUUGAUUGCUGAAUCUCAACGACAAUUGUUUCCCGGUAGCAAUGCAUCAGUUUUGACAGCAAUGGUACAAUUCAUGCAUACGAAGGUACUUCAUCAUUGGAGCAACAAGUCAUUUGAUCAAAUGUUACAAAUACUCAGUGCUAUUUGUCCACAGCCUCAUAGCAUUCCUCCAUCAUUCUAUGCCGCUAAUAAGAUGUUGAAAGAUUUGGGUUUGGGGCAUGAAAAAAUUGAUGCAUGUAUUUACGACUGUGCUUUGUUUUACAAAGAGCAUAAAAGUAAAGAUAAAUGUCCAGUGUGUGAUGAGCCUAGGUAUAAACCUAGUACUAGUAAAAAGAAAACAAUGGUGCCCCAAAAAGUGUUGCGAUAUAUUCCUCUAAAGCCGAGAUUACAGAGGUUGUUUAUGUCUGAACAUACAGCAGGUCACAUGAGGUGGCAUAAGAAUAAACGAGUUGAUGAUGAAGGUGUUAUGAGGCAUCCAGCAGAUUCUAUUGCUUGGAAAGAGUUUGAUAAGAUGUACCCUGAGUUUGCCGAAGAGCCACGAAAUAUAAGGUUAGGCCUUGCAACAGAUGGGUUUAACCCAUUCGGGAAUAUGAGCACAUCUUAUAGUAUGUGGCCAGUGAUGGUGGUUCCUUACAAUCUACCUCCUUGGAUGUGUAUGAAACAACAGUAUUCAAUAAUGACUUUGCUUAUUCCAGGCCCAAAGGCACCAGGCAAGGAGUUGGAUGUGUAUUUGCGUCCUUUAAUUGAUGAGCUAAAAGAGGCGUGGGAACAAGGUAUUGAAACUUAUGAUAAGUUUACUGAUACAAGGUUUAACAUGAGGGCAGCUGUAAUAUGGACAAUCAAUGACUUUCCCGCUUAUAGGAAUUUAUCCGGUUGGAGUACAAAAGGUUACAAGGCAUGUCCCGUAUGUCUUGAUGAUACAACAUCUACCAAGCUGAGAAAUAAAAUUUGUUAUAUGGGGCACCGUCGCUACUUGAAAAAGAAUCACCCUUGGCGUAAGGAUUCUGAAAAUUUUGAUGGAACUAUUGAGAUGAGGGAUCCCCCAAGAGAAUUCUCUGGUGAUGACAUAUUACUUCAGUUUAAUCACCUUGUGCAUCGUAAACUUGGUAAACAUCCUGAUAAUUUGGACAGAAAGAGAAAGCGGACACCUAUGGAGUUAAAUUGGACAAAUAAGAGUAUUUUUUUCGAAUUGGAGUAUUGGUCCAAGUUGAAAAUAAGACAUAACUUGGACGUAAUGCAUAUUGAGAAGAAUAUAUGUGACAACAUUGUUGGAACGUUGUUGAGUAUAGAAGGAAAAACAAAAGACACACCCAAUGCUCGUUUGGAUUUGAAAGACAUGAAUAUACGAAGAAAUCUGCAUUUAGAUAAAGAUGAAAAUGGCAAAAUAAAGAAGUAUGCUGUAGAAUAUACAUUAGAACCGGCUGAUCGUCGAGCAUUUUGUGAAUUUUUGAAAUCUAUAAAAUUUCCGGAUGGUUAUGCUGCUAAUAUAUCACGAAAUGUCAAAGAUGGGAAGAUCUCAGAUUUGGACAGAUUGGAGGUUGACAUUGUGGUCAUUUUAUGCAAACUUGAGAAAAUAUUUCCACCCGCCUUUUUUGAUGUCAUGGUUCAUUUGGCCUUUCAUUUACCACGUAAGGCCAAGCUUGGGGGACCUGUAGGAUAUCGUUGGAUGUACCCGAUAGAGAGUGAGCAUCGUCAAAUAUUAGAGCGUGAAAGCUUGUUUAACAUAGAACAUAGACAUAGGCAGUCGUUUCCCCAAUGGUUCAAGCAUCAUGUCAAAGCAUUGUAUAGUGAGGAAUCAACAUUGGUGACUAAAGAAGUGUAUGCAUUAUCAUAUGGUCCUGAUGAAAGAGUUUGUACGUAUACAGGAUGUGUUGUGAACGGAAUUCGGUGGCAUGUCAAAAAUAUAGAAGAAACUCGCACAACUCAAAAUAGUGGGGUCAUGGUACCAGGAACUCAUGCUGAUCAGGAAAGUAAUUUUUAUGGUAGAUUAGUUAGUGUUGUUAAAAUAGGAUUCACAUAUGGCUAUCAUGUUAUCCUUUUUAAGUGUGAGUGGUACAAUACAAGUACAGAUGUGAAGCGAAAGAAAAAGAUUGUUAGGCUUGUUCAUGAUUACCAUCUCACGUCAGUGAACUCAAUGAAUUUAUGGUACAAAGAUGAUCCUUAUGUGCUAGCAAAACAAGCACAACAAAUCUUUUUCCUUGAUGACCCAUCCUUGGGUCAUGGUUGGAAGGUAAUUCAAAAAAUUCCACAUAGACAUGUGUGGGAUGUUCUUGAGAAUGAGGUGGCUCACAAGGCAGAAACACUCUACAACGAUGGUGUGGACCAAACUGCACAUAUUAGUGUCAGACAUGCACCAGAAGAUAAUGCUCUACUCAGUCCAUCACUUCGUAGAGAGUAUGUUGAACCUGAAAUUGUUGUCGAAGAUAUUAAUUUUGAACAUGUCCCAACUGAUAUGGAGGAUGAAGAUUUUAUUGAUGAUGAUGAUAUUGAAGAAAUACAUUCGGGUGAUGAUGAAGGCAGUGUUCACAGUGAUGAUUAUAGUGAUUUGGAUUGA